AUGGCGGGCCAGAAGAGACACUACCUCAUCACGGGCGCCGCGGGCCUCGUCGGUCCUGCGCUGGCCGAGCGCCUGCUCGAAGACCCCGACAACGUCGUCUUCCUCACCGAUCUGAUCAAGCCCUCCGUGCCCGCCGGCGCCAAGCACCCCGAGAACGCGCGCCUGCUCGAGGCCGACCUGUGCGACACGGAUGCCAUGAAAGGGGUGGUGGCCGCCGCCCUGCCCCUGACGGCCGCCUUUGUCUUCCACGGCAUCAUGUCGGGCGCCUCCGAGGCCAACCCGGCGCUCGCCAUGAAGGUCAACGUGGACGCCGUGCGCAGCCUGCUGCUGCACCUGGCCGAGGUCCAGCGCGGCGUGCGCGUCGUCUUCUCGUCGUCCAACGCCGUCUACGGUGCGCCGCUGCCCGACGUCGUCACGGAGGCCACCACCCCGACGCCCACGGGUGUCUACGGUAGCUGCAAGUACAUGAUGGAGAUUCUCGUCAACGACCUGACCCGCCGCGGCGAGAUCGACGCCUUCUCCGUCCGCUUCCCCACCAUUUCCGUGCGCCCCGGCAAGCCCGCGCCGGCCGCCAGCGCCUUCUUGUCCGGCGUCAUCCGCGAGCCCAUGAACGGCCUCGCGUGCGCCCUGCCCCUGACCGACCGCGCCUUCAAGGCCACGCUCUGCAGCCCGCGCGUCGCCAUCGAGAACCUGCUGCGCGUCGUCGCCUGGCCCUCGGACAAGCUGCCGCCGCACCAGCGCGCCGUCAACUUCCCCGGCAUCAUUGCCAGCGUGCAGGAGCUGCUGGAUGCACUGGCCAAGGUCGGCGGCGAGGACAAGCUGAAGCUGGUGCGCGACGAGCCCAACGCGGCGUACGAGAAGCUUCUGCGCAGCUGGGCCUGGAGCCUCGACUACUCGAAGCCGCUGGAGCUGGGCCUGGUUCGCGACAAGGAUGCCGAGGGCCUCGUGCGGGAGUACGUUGCGACCCUCAAGAAGUAA